CAUGACGUCACCAGAGGUCCUUUAGCCCACUAGGAAAUAGCAUCUACGGUAGUCCUGGAGCAGCAGCUGCGGAUCGCAUGGGGUGAAGGGAAGGAGAGCUCCUCGUCCUGUGCGGUGGAUUUACAGCCCGCAGCGUCAGCCGGCACCCCGCCCCCGUCGCAGCGAUUUGGAAGGAGAAAACCUAAACCUUAAAUGUUUCACUGUCGUUUGAACAAACUUUGCAUAAAGCAGUUUACAGAUUUUCUUGAGGAACAAAAUGACCGUUGUGAAUAGUCUGUAAACGUGCGCCUGCGUAAAGGUGAAGGAUGACGUAACGCGCGACCUUUGGAUGAAGUGAAUAUUUUAUACCCAUUUCAGCACCACAGAGAGCUGCACGUAAGCGGCCACCAUAAAAAGUAUGGCAAAAUCACGCUCAAGGUCACCCAGGUGGAAAUCCAGGCCGCCACCAUACAAAAGUCCCGAGCGCAAUAGACGCAGACACUUUCACGAGCAUUACCAAGAUGGUGAAGGGUUCCAUAGAGGCCCCAGAAGGCCCAAACACUGGGAAGAAGAAAGGCACGGACAAAGCAAUUUCAGGAUGACUCCAUAUAAACGCUUUAAUGAUAACCCCUUUGAGCCAGAUGCAUUUUCUGCAGACUUAAGGAAAUCUCCCUUUGAAUCGUCCAGUCGAUUUAAAAGAAUGCAUUCUCCUGAUAGGCGCGGAGAUGGUAAUAGAAGAUUUCCAACAAAAUAUCCCGAGGAUCGUAAUAGACAUGGCCAUAGAGAACACCGCGAUUAUCACCAUCGAAAUCAAGAACUUAAUGCACAUACUGAAACAAAUGGUUUUAAACAUGUGAGACGAGAAGGCUCCUCUCACAGAUCUUACAACAGAGAACCUGAUAGGGAUUGGCAUGACCAUGAUGGACAGUGGAAUCAAGAUCACACAGAUCCACAUUUGCCACCAUCCGGCAGAAGAUCUGAAGAAUUUGUUGAUCAAAAUGUGUUUCAAAAGAGGCAUCCUGAGGAUCGUGAUUACAGAGAACAUGAGCCACUUCCUAAGAGAACUAGAGAACCAGACAGGCAUGACUACAGGCCGCCACCAAGACAUUCUCACUGGAAUGAUGAUCAUACUUUAUGGCCACAUCAUGACAAGGAUUGGUCAAAAGACGCAGAUCUCCGAGAUCCUAGUCCUGUUGUAUAUCAGACCCAUUCAGGAGAACUUGCUAAGAUAGAAUAUGAUUAUAGUCAUAGAUCUCCUUCGUAUGUACAUGUGGAGCCACCUUUUUUAAAUGACCAUGCUGAGAGAGACACCCGUUACGAAGACAAGAAAAACUUUUCUACCAGAACUUCCCAACACAACAGGUCAAAUAUGAGUAACCGAGAAAGGGGAACAUUUUCUGAAAGAUCACCAGAACAGACUACUAAGUACAGUGAAAAAAAGGCUCCCGAUAGAGGUGCGUUCAAAACUGAUAACAUACACCUAAAUCAUAAGCACAAGGAAAGUGGAAGAGAAGCUGAAUACAGGAGGGAACCAAGUUCUAAACGCCACUUGGAUAACCAUAGUCCAAAAUCUUCUGACCCAACCAUAACACCGAAGACUAACUGUGAAAAGGAAUCUAUCAUGGUUAAUCUGGAAUUGAAGAAAUCGGUGGAUAAGUAUAGACAACCUCACGAGCAUUGGAAUAUCUCCAAAGACAUUCAACCAAAGUCUGACAUUCCCCAAGGGAAGAGGAAUUCUGAACAGAAGAUGCCCGAAAAGGAUGUUCUAAAGAGACAACCUCAUGAGCAUUGGAAUAUCUCCAAAGACAUUCAACCAAAGUCUGACAUUCCCCAAGGGAAGAGGAAUUCUGAACAGAAGAUGCCCGAAAAGGAUGUUCUAAAGAGACAACCUCAUGAGCAUUGGAAUAUCUCCAAAGACAUUCAACCAAAGUCUGACAUUCCCCAAGGGAAGAGGAAUUCUGAACAGAAGAUGCCCGAAAAGGAUGUUCUAAAGAGGAGCAAUUCCACUUCCUAUGAGAGACAGAUGUCUGAAGACCUGGUAGCAGUAGGUAGAAAAGAUGCUUUUCACCCCGUGUUUGACCAUCUAAGCUCUUCGACGCAUGAGGGAACUAAUGCUCCAAGCACUGAAUUUACUCAGGAAAUCAUAACCAUCAUCCAUGAAGUGAAAGCAAACCAUUUCAAAUCUGCUGAAAUGUCCCUCCAUGAACGUUUUUCCAAGCUGCAAGCAGAAAGCAAUAAGGAAGAGCUGAACCUUAACAGAACUACAGCACAGGCCAAUCCGGAGAUCCACAGGAGAAUUGAUAUCUCCCUGGAAGAUCUUCAGAAGAAGACUCUCCACAAAACCGAAGUCAGCAUGGCCAGCCAGAGAGUAAUUGAUGAUCCUAAUGAUUUGCGGCAUGAUAUAGAAAGAAGAAGAAAGCAGAGACUGCACAGUGAAGAGGAUGGCAAUACCAAUGUUUCCUUUUGUGACAGUGAUGCUCCAGGCAGCUAUUUCAAACCACAUAAUAACGACACUGGAGAAUUUCAGAAAUUGUCAAGAGGGGGCACAACACCUUUCCGAAAGUCAACAGGCAGGCCUCCGGGAUGGAAGAACCCAGCCCCAAGGAUGUAACCGACUUCCAUGAGCUUCAGGAGGAAUCUUAUCCACUAGAGCUUCUAAUUGUAGAUACUUGACUUUCCAGGGCUUCGUUAAGAGCAUCGGCACUAAAAAAAAUAAAUAGUCUUGAUAAAAGAUACUAUUUUCUCAGUAGUGGAUUGCUGCACAACUUUUGUAAUGUUUUCACAGUUUUUUAAUGACCAUGUUCAGAUGAAAAAUUGCUAAUUUCUCAAUACCAUUUUUGCAAGAAUAAAAUGCAAGGCUGAAACACAGAGGACUUCUUAUAGAUGGGUUGUCUGUAUUUAUUUCACCUUUCCUUUGGCAACAGCAUGGUUUGUUUUAUUUUUGUUUCUGUUCAGGUUUUAGUUUUAUGUUGAGAAAUUUGUGUAUUAAUGUAAUAAAGUGCCUGAAUUGU